UCAAAUAUUAUCGCAAAAUAGAAUGAACAUAUCAGCUCUAUCAACGAUAAUCAUGUUAUAUUUCGUAGUGUUUAUCUUAUGUAUUGAUACCAUCGUAAACGGGUUCGAAAACGGAACCCUAUGUUACAAUAGAUUCGAGUACGAAUAUCACGUGCUAGAGAAGCUGGUUAAAUCAGAGCAGGAUCGCACUCGUCUCAGCGGAAUGCUCAGUAAUGUGUACAGUAGACUAUCAGAUAAAUCAAAAGAAAUAGAAAGCUUGGACUCAAGAAUUAAUAUUCUGGAGACCAGUCUUGGUGUGACAGCCGGGAGUACCUACAUACGAUGGGGGAGAACAACAUGUCCUAAUGACACUGGAAGUGAGCUUGUCUACAAAGGACUUGCUGCUGGGCCUCAACAUAAUCAUCCCGGUGGUGGCUCAAAUUAUCUCUGCCUUCCGGAGGAUCCAAUAUUUGGAGAAAAUCCUACUGGAGGAUCAAGAGAACUUCUUUAUGGAGCGGAAUACGAAACAACGGGCACGUUUAUGAGUAACCUACAUAACAAUGAUGUUCCAUGUGCUGUUUGCAAAACCAAAAGUACCAAUGUUCUCAUGAUUCCAGCCAGAAAUGUUUGUUAUCCCGGAUGGAAAACCGAAUACUCGGGAUAUCUGAUGACGUCCCAUUACAAUCAUCCGUCACAGAAAAACUAUGCGUGCAUGGACGCUGAUCCGAAGGCCAUCUCCGGUGGAAGUGCUAACCAGAAUGGAGCGUUGUUUUACUUUGUAGAGGGACGUUGUGGUUCAUUGAAAUGUCCACCAUAUAUUGAAGGUCAUGAGUUGACUUGCGUCGUUUGUUCCCUGCUGCCUUGAUGAAAAGUGUAGGCAUCUGCUCUCAAUAUGCAAUAUUACAUUUUGGUUUUUGAUUACAUAGGGGUAAAUUUAGGUUUACUUCCAAAUUCCGUCAAUUGAUAACAUCUUUUGAAGAUGCAUAGCAGCUUUAAAAUCUAUAGAUCAAUUCAAGUUCAAAUAGAUGUUCUUAUGUCCGAAUGGAAACAAUACAGCUUUUAUUAUAUAAAAAUUGAAAUUAUGUAUUUGUUAUUAUUUAAAAAAAAUCCAUUUUCGCAUCUAUGAAAAUACACUCUUUGAACGUCGUUAUGCCUGUGUUUUCGUGUAUCACUGAUCUGUGCGGUAGUUUUCGCCAUCGCUUAAUCGGCCGUUCCCGUAAAACUUAUUUACAAUAAGGUGCGUAAUUAGGCUGCAGAAUUAAGACGCAUAUUUUAACGUUUGCAGGUUUUUGUUAUUUUAAAUAUAAAAAGUACACUAGUUCAAACAAAUCAUUCAGUGUUUAAUUUGUUUCAUAACAAACUCAUUCAGUGCUGAAUAACAGAAAGCAAAACCACAUCAAAGACGCUGACAAGUCACAAGCAAAUUCACGGUUGGCAGUCACUAUCUGAUUUAGGCUUGUUUUUAUUGAUAACAUGGUAUUUUUGUUGUUUGCUUUGUCGAUGACAGAUUUCUCUCGUAUUUGUAACAGUAGUAUGCGAUAGAGCAAUGUGAAAUGUUUCUUUGCUUUAUGCAAAAUUUAGGUUCACAUAUAGUUUGACACUUCGCGGCGUUCGAGACAGGAAUGUCCAGUUUAGCGGCCUCCGUCUAUCAUUUUUGGACGGUGCCCGCUCAGGGCAGCGUUCAUAGUAGGGGCAAUCGGCUGAAAAGUUACAAACCGAUUUACCGCCUGUCUCGGUCGAAGAAAGAGUGCGGUUUUUCAAUGCUCAAAACACCAGUAAUAUUCAAUAGCUUACAAGAACAUUAAUAAUUAUGCAAUAAAUCUAUAAUUCUAAAGCAUCAAGGACAUUACUUAAGAAUGCAUUAUUUAUUUAUCUUGAUUUUUUCCAGCGCGAGCUGACCGUUACAUUUAAUGACAUUGGACUUUUUCCUUUUUUUAGCACCAACCAAAUUACUUGCUAAAAAAUUAAAUCCGGACUCCAAGCUUUACUAGAAUAAGGGCCAGUUUUAUUAAACUUCGCGUACGAACUUCGUACGAUAUGUAUCUCAGGCUGUUUAGCCGUUUUAUUAAGAUUUUUCGUACGAACAAGCACCUGUUUCUUCGUAGAUUUACGAAAAUUUCUACGAAAGCUCUUACAGUGGCGUACGAACUUCGUAGACUAAAAAAUGGCCGCCACAACAACAGAAAUAUUCUAUAUUGGCGAUCUUGCAUUCAUUAUGGCGUAUUUUAACAAAACCAACUGCCAAAUUUCAAGACAAAAGACGACUCUGUAGAAUCUGCAACCCGGUGAGUAAAUUAACAAAUCGUUACGACGCCGUUUUGACUAAGUUUUCAGGGGACGCAACCUCGCGCCAACUGUCAAAAUGUUUUAAAAAACAAAAUGCUCUUAUUUCGAUGCAUUUCAAGAGUUUUCUUGUGAUAAAAACACUGAAAUAUAGACUGAAAUAUUAUCCAACCAUUAGACUCAUGGUAUAUGAAUUUUACGGUGUUUUGAGUAAAACAAACAAGCUAAAAACAGACUGAUUCUAUCACAGUGUUUUCAUUAGUCCACCUAAAUGGCCGUCAACGAGUCUUUUGACGAUUUUUUUUUAAUAUGGCAGACUCGUGACGUCCACCAUCCGUGGAGUACAUCCAACAUAAAGUACCGAACGGUCCUUGCGCAGAGAAUCUUCGCGACCACAAUUUCGAAAUUAUCUCCGUUAUAAAUUCAAAUUUCUACGAAAAUAUUAUUGCCUACUUUUAAACACAUAUUUAUUUAUGUCACUAUGCCCAAAAACAUGUUCAGGUAUACUGUACAUGUGUCGAUUUUUUUAUCAAGUGUCCCGAUAUCUGUAAAUCUGGGACAAAUCUGACAGGUUGUGUACAUGUAUAACGGUAUUCGUGACCAAGAAUAUAUUUAUGUGAAAAUAACGACUCUAAUGUCAAAUUAAAUCCAGUUUAGAUCACUGUCGGGUAUAUAUUGAACAACUUUGUCAUUAUUAUUCAACAUUGAUGCAUAAUAUAACUAUUUAUUCUUUCGCUCAGUGUUAAAUGGUAGAGAGUUGUAGCGUUACAGGGAUACAUAAGAAAUGUCAAAAUAAUAAAAAAAAGUAUCGUUGAUUGCUCAUUAUUGUAGCUAGUCAAAAAGUAUUUUUAAAAUAUCCAGAGCAGCCAGAAGGUAAGCAUAAGCUCUGAUGGUCACAGUUGGGAGACUUGUUUGUCCCAAACUACAUUUUUUUCCAAUUUUCUUGCGGUUCUGAAAACAGUGCAGCUAGUAAUGGGACUUGGACUGGGGACUCCCUGUUUGCAAGUUUGUGCUCUAUCAACUUGGCUCAAAGGCCCUUAGAACUUAAAAUAACUUAAAGCUUGUAGUUGAAUUGUUCAACCAGCUCUACAAAAUGUUCCUGAUAACUUAAUUUGCAAACAAUCUGACCUGUGUGGGUUAGUACUGGGACACACUCAUGAACCGUAUGAUAUUAGUACGGUAAACCUGGGUGCAAAAGUGGGACAGGUUCAGAUCUUGAACCCCACGACUGAUGAAUACUUGAGCUCAAGCAAUGGCUUUAUUAAAACAGAAACCACCUUGCAUUUAAAGAAAAAUGUCAACCAUAUUUUAAGCUUCAGAAAGAAAACAGCCUGUUUAUAAAUAAAUAGAUUAUUCAUUUUUUAUUUCAGAUCUUGACAUGGAUCCAAGAUGCUGGUAACUAGGCGGGACGGAGUGUUUCACAGAACUGCCGGUUUAUUUCCGGUUUACCGUACUUGUGUUAUUUAUAAUCAAGAUAAAAGUUAAUACACCACAAGAGCAAAUCAAGUGAAAAUCGUGCAUUAU